GACUGAUUGUACUUUUAUUUCUGUAUAUCUUGAAACAAGAAGAAAAUGCUUUCUAUUAUUGGAAUAUAUCAGUCCCUAACAUUCAUUCUUACAAUACUCUAAAAGACAGGUGCAGGAGCAAGUUAAAGGGGACAUCAGAAUUUCACCAUUGGAUAAUCCCGCCAUACUAAGUGUGCAGUUUCGUCUCAAUUUCGAGAGAGAAAAUUCCAGUGGCAUUCCGAGGGUCUCCCUGUUCUAUGCCUCAACCACCAACUUCUUGAGAGAACUUUCAGCUUGCCGUGUAUUUUGAGUACCCCCUCGAUGUACAGAUACUAUACGCUUACAAACAUCCAAGCGUUCUUCAGGAUUCAAAUCCGAGCCCAUCGGUACAGCAAUCAGGGAUGCUAUCCGCUAUACCGGCUGGGUGGCACUCCAAAAGGCAAACAAAUUAGCGUCAAAUAACGUAUAAUGACAAUGUAACGCAAGAGUUUGCGAAAAAAAUGAAAAAAUAAACAAUAUUGAGCCUAUACAGGUAAAGAUUAUAAUGAUCGUCGUUAAACGCCGGAAAGAUGAAAUAUUGUAAUCAGAUAUCCAAUUAUAAUUCUAGAAAAAUGAUGACAUCUUUCUUAUUCUGCUUAAUAUAGCUUUCUAUGCAAAAGCUAUAUAUAUAUACAUACAAGCAUUUAUCUUUUACCUAUAAUAGACUUUAUUCAGUCUUAGAAGAUUAAUUACUUACAUUUCAAAUUUUUUCGCUGUUUCUUCUCUUACCCAGUUCAGAAGCUUCUCUCUUCAAACACUGGAGAUUAGUUUCAUUUGCUGAUCAGUCCUCUUUUGUAGUACGGCUAACAGUCAUGCGUCUCACGCAUUUGAAGUUGAUCUUAACGUGGAUUUUGGCUGUUGGUCUUCUUUCUGCCGCAGAAUAUGCUAGAAUUAGACUCUGUGGCUGGCGAUUAGCAGAGGUUUUGGAAAUUGUGUGCAAAGAAUACGGCGGAUUCCAUUCUCCUCAAGAACGUAGCAUCCGAAAUGUGACAUCAGGUGUUAAAAGAGGAAGCCAUGAAAAGCGUCUCAGAAGUAUUACUCAAAGAGGAAUUGCAGAUGAAUGUUGCAAAGAGAAAUGCUCGUUUCUGACAUUGGUAUCUUACUGUGCCUAUUCAAUUGAAAAAGAAAGUGAUUUUCACCAAAUGCUUGAUUCUAGAAUAACCUCAGAAUUGAUAGCUCAUGGAUAUGUUGAUCACGGUAACAUACAAAAAGACUCUUCUGAAGAAAAUGCCAUUCAGUUGUACAAUUCUAUGAGUUACAAUUCUCUAGAAGAUAUAUCGGACGAUCCUGAAAGCACAAAUGAACCAAACCUUGGAACUUACGUCAGAAAUAAACCUUUUUUCUUAAUGUUCAACCCUCUGCAAGAAGAAAAUGAAUUUCAAACUGACUAUUCCAUCUAAAGAUUCUUAUAUAUUAAGUUCUACUGCUGGUAUCUCUAAAUAUAUUAUUUAUGCGUAAUAACGUUUUAUAACUGAAUUUGACCUAUUUGUAUUCUCAGUCUUAGAAUAUUACACUAUGAGCCUAAUUUGAAAACAAAUAUAUACAAACUUACCAUAAUAUUUAACUGGAAAUUGAUAUUUAACAAAAAACUGAAGAUUAUACUUUAAACAGGGCAACAUUCGCAAUCCUGAGCUUUAAGAUUUUGCAUUCAUUAUUUAUAUUAUAAUUACGUAUGGAUAUGUGUAAAUAUAACUCUUUAAGUUUAUAAUUGUUAUGUUGUUAAGUUUUGUAAUUUGUAUCAAUGUAUGUGUACUUUUUAAUCGCAUUACGUGUUGUUUUAUUUUUAAUAAAGUAAGAUACUGAAGAAUAACAUUCCAUAUUUUCUGGAAAAUAUGUAGCUGGGCAAUCCCUUUUCAGUUUUCUUUGAUUCGCUUAAAUCAUUGUCGAGCUCUCCUAUUACUGACCAUGUUCAUUUGUUAAUUCAUAAAUCAAGAAAAAUGGAAAUCGUUUCUGGCUCUGUAAAUCAACUGCUUCAGAUUUUAAAUAAAAGUACC